AUGCAAGGCCCAAUCAUGUUAACUCCCCCAUCCACCCAAUCGUCUUCAUCCUACUCCUACUCCCACUCGAUGAAGAGCAGUAUUGGUAGUUCGAGACCAUCUGUCGACAACUUUCGAGCAAGAGCGGGAAAGAGACAAUCCAAGGAGACUAGAACCACAACUUCAUCGAGCUCGGGAGGCGCCUCCACGAUGCAUUCCUCUCAGAGCGAUAUCUCUGCAAUCACGAUGGAUAAUUUUUAUGAUGAAGAUUCGACUGUCGCUACUAGUGAUCGAUCGCAUUAUCGAUUCGGUCCCACGCUCGACUCCAUGCCAGAACAGAAGCGAGCCUCAGAUCCGAAGAAGGAAGAUGUGGAAAAAAGUAUGAAUGAUCUCAGAUUCAACCAAUCCAACUCCAGCAGUAUUGAUGCUCUCAGACUUGAAACUUCGAACAACAGUAGCAAUCGUUUUGCUAGUUUUUCAGGAUCAAGCAGUGCCCAACUGUGCGCCAUGCCUCGACGAAGGUCCUCCGCAAGUGGCAGUAUGGGAUACAAACCAGGACAGCCAGCUUUGAGUGAAACAAGUUUUGAAGAUCUCAAUGAUGUGGAACCAGAAAAUGACAUCAAGAGUCGAGGCGGCACUACAGAAGACCUCAAGAGUCAAUGCGAUGAUACCACAGUACUCACUGAAAUGACAGACAGCUGCUCAAUGAUCUCAUUGCAAGGCAGUGUGGAUGAAACAGAUCCGUUUCAAGUGGGCCUCUAUGGUGACGAGGAUAUACCUCCUGCGCCCUCAGAGUCCAAAGAGAAGGGGCCUAAUUUUGAUUCUUGCAUGUCCUUGCUAGGAAGUACUGAUAUGUUCGACUCCUUUCAAGACGGCUUUCUGGAAGAAGAAGAUCUUGCCUUGCCCCCCCAACAAGGGCAGAAGAACAACGACAGCGACAUUACCAAGAAAGCUAGCAAUAGAACCAGCUUCCUUAGAGCAACACAAGGCCAAGAGAGCAGCAGUAGCAUGGCUGCAAUGAGAUCUUCAUCCAAUAGUGCCAUGUUCGACUCCUUUCAAUUCGGCUUGUUUGACGAAGAAGAAGUGGAAUUGCCCAACUACAGAACUCCUCGCAUUAGCAACAGGAAGACUAACAAGAAUACUGCUACCAAGGACGAAACACCACGUCGGAAGAGCAUCGAUAUGUCUACAAUGCAUCAGUCAUUGGACCUCGACGACGUCUUUGGAUCUAUGAGUAUAUAA